AGAAAGGCAGGAGAGAAAAAAGGAAGGAAGAAAAGGAUAAGUCAAGCAAAGAUAUUGAGGAGCAAUUCAUUCAUCCAUCCAUCUAUCUAUCCAUCCAUUCAUUCACCUGGCAAAUAUCUACUGAGUUCCUGUCAGGCACCAUUCUUGGCACUAAGGAUUUAACAGUUAACAAGCGGAAGCUACCAGCAGCUGACCCUCAACAUUUCCAGGUGACUUUGGUGCAUGCAUAUGUGAGCGUGUGUGUACACGUGGGUGCAAGCCCUCUGUCGGCAAAGGCCUGUUGCCAGGGCACCUGUCUUCCCUAGGGUCUGGUGCUUUUAGCAUCUGGCUCCAGCUCCUAUUGCAGCCCGAAAUAAGGCUGUGACCCAUGGCAAGGCAGGAAUGAUUCUCAUCAGCUGAAGCCAGAGCUGGCUGCAGGGGACACCCUGCUCGCUGCCUACCGACUGCUGACCGCUGACUGCCUACAGGGACACCACGCAACUCUCAGCUUCCCGACAGAGGUGUUAAUCUUGGGGGUCUAAGAUUCCCUCCUGCCCACUGUGGUCCCACUCUCUCAGGAUUAUCCCCAAGGAGCAGAAGGGGCCAGUGAUGGCUGCCAUGGGGAACUUCACUGAACCAGUCCCUACGCUGGACCUGGGCAAGAAGUUGAGCGUGCCCCAGGACCUGAUGAUGGAGGAGCUGUCACUACGCAACAACAGAGGGUCCCUCCUCUUCCAGAAGAGGCAGCGCCGUGUGCAGAAGUUCACUUUCGAGUUAGCAGCCAGUCAGCGGGCGAUGCUGGCCGGAAGCGCCAAGAGGAAGGUGACUGGAACAGCGGAGUCGGGGACGGUUGCCAAUGCCAAUGGCCCCGAGGGGCAGAACUACCGCUCGGAGCUCCACAUCUUCCGGGCCUCACCGGGGGCCUCACUCGGGGGUCCCGAGGGCGCCCACUCUGCAGCCGCCCCAGCUGGGUGCGUCCCCAGCCCCAGCGCCUUGGCGCCAGGCUAUGCGGAGCCGCUGAAGGGCGUCCCGCCAGAGAAGUUCAACCACACCGCCAUCCCCAAGGGCUACCGCUGCCCCUGGCAGGAGUUCGUCGGCUACCGGGACUACCAGAGCGAUGGGCGAAGUCACACCCCCAGCCCCAACGACUACCGAAAUUUCAACAAGUAAGGCGGGGCGGGCAGCCCGGGGACAGACCGGGAGGGGCGGGAAGCCAGUCAGAGCCACAGCGGGAGCCUGCGUUUCCUGAGCACUUUCUGCAGGCCAGGCUCUGUCCCCAGCGCUUUCUACUCUUUGACUGAGCUCUGGCUGGAACAGCGCCUCCGCACCUAGUAGGUGCUCAGUAAACGUGGGAGAAAUGAAGAGUGAAGGUGCCGCACAUCUUGGAUCCUCUCCGGGACAUGGUGGGCGGGCGCUAUGAGUUUUGCUGU